AUGAUCAAGUAUUUUAAGAGAUCCAAUAACUCCAUGUUUGUGAUUUCUCGACAUCACAUGGUAAAUAGGGUACCGAGAUAUUUUCGAACAGGAACAGAUAAGAGUUAUUUGCUGAAUAUAGGGUCAUUUUCAAUAAAAAGUACAUCGAAACCAAAACAAAGUGAAAAUGAAGAUUCUUAUAGUACGAGUAAAUGUCAUAUCUGCGUUGCAGAUGGUGUAGGUGGCUGGAAUGUUCAUGGGAUAAACCCAGCAAAAUAUAGUAGAGUAUUAACGAAGAGUAUAACACGAAAUAUAAAGGAACUAGAUUCUAAUAAUAAGGGGGAUAGCAAAAAUUUCCUCUCUUCAGUAUUACAUAAUGCUUAUAAAGAAGCAGAAGAAUCCAAUAUAAUCGGCAGUUCAACUGUUUGUCUAGUAUAUUUUAAUGGAAUAAAUAAACUUUAUACAGCUAAUUUAGGUGAUUCAGGAUGUUUAGUGUAUAGAAGAAGAGAUAAUUCUAUUAUAUAUGAGACACCCUUUCAGCAACAUAGCUUUAAUACUCCGUUCCAACUUGGUACAGGAAGUAGAGAUAGCCCCAACGAUGCAAUAUAUGAUACCAUAGAAGGAAUACAGGAAGGAGAUGUCAUUUUAAUUGCUACAGAUGGUUUAUGGGACAAUUUAUCAAAAAAGGAAAUUAUUGACAUUCUCUCUAGAUUGGAUAAAAGAAAUCCACAGGCGAUUGCAGAAAAACUUGGAAAAGAAGCAUGUCAAAUCUCUCUUGAUCCACAUCAUCUGUCACCAUAUGCAAUUAAUUUAGCUAAAUAUUUAAAUCAAAGAAAUAUAGAUUGUCAAAAUUUCGAAAAACCUAUAUACUAUACAGGAGGAAAACCGGAUGACAUUACGAUAUUAAUUGGAAUAGUAGAGCAUAAGUAG